AUGGGUUACUUCAACGUGUCUCGAUGGUUCUCCUCCAAACAACGAAAUGAGGACAGGGACCGAGAACAAGGCCCCAGUCUACCAUGGCCAGCGACCCACAGUCCAGUUCCAUCCUACUCGUCCACUCCCCGGACGCCCAACACGCACAAGACCAUCAGCCCACCCAUCCCGCGACCAACAGCGACCUCCCUCACCGGCUUCGACAACCCCUAUCUCUCAGCAACUCCGCCCGGCAGCGUCAAUGAGCUGUCACACUACCGCAACCAACACCACAACUCGAGUCUAACCCGGCUCGCUUCGACUUCGCAUUCGAAUGUCAUCGACGUGUACGGUGCGAACCUGUCGAAGCCGCAGCUGUUGGCCCCUGACGAUCCGACAGAGAGGGAUGUGCUAUCAUCACUUCCUGCGGUUAUCAGGAUCGAAACUGGGUCGAACGUGACGAGGAACCCUCAAAUAACCUCGAGCACUGCCCAGCCUAUUCGAAGGACGGUCUCGUCGCCUCCGAUGUCGCCUGCGUACCACCCCUCUCCGACCGAGUCGUCGUCGUCGGCGGAGAUUACGCCCACUGCGUUUGCGGUGCCCAGUGUGCCGAGUCAUGGCGGCAGGUGGAAUUUGAAGCUGCAGACGGACGCUGUGGGCGGUGCGAAUGCGAGCACGCAGUCGUUGCCGAACCAGGCCGGUCCGAGUGUGAACACGGAUGUGUAUGGGUAUGCGUAUAGCUAUCCAUUGGCGAAGCAGUUGUCGCCCAUCCAGGAGCAGGAUUAUCUUUCUCCUGAUUCGUUGCAGAGGACGCAGAGCUUGCCGGUGUCGACUGGGACUGCGAGUCGGACGGCGUCGGAUAAGGACUUGGGGUUUAGCGCGUCGGCUAGUCCUGGGGGGUCGCAGACGUCUGAGCUUACUCGUCCAUCCCCGAGCUAUUCCUCGCCUUUCCUUACUCGACAACUCAAUCGCACGGCUUCACAAGGGUCGUCCCGCACUCAUGUUUCCUCUACGUCGACCACGCUACCAAGGCAUUCAACCAAGUCAGCAGACACCCCCGUCAUCCCUCCUCUCGAUCUUCGACCACCAUUCCCUGGGCCUCAUCCUACAAUAGGACCCGGCCCCCACCCCAGACAACCAAGGAUGCCCGUCAUCAGCAACGGCACCAUCGACGAGGAAUACGAGUAUGCAGCGACGAUCACCGAGUCCCUCCAUGCUGAGAGUUUCGUAACAGCGACCAGCAACGACCGGCACAAAUACGUACCUUCCGUUCGCGAGAUCGAGGUUGUGGACCACGAGGCUCUAAUCGUUAACACGGCUCGAGGCGAAGGGACGAGUAUCCGGUCGCACGAAUCUCGCAAACAGUCUGCCGGGACCGACUCGUACGUGACCCCCCGCUGGGAUCGCGACGUCCCACUAGGCACCGGCGUGCGCACCAUCCGCGCCAAAAAGCAGUACCUCGACGCCACACCUGCCUUCUGGACGUUCUGGCUCGGCUUCCUCUGCCCCGUCUUCUGGCUCAUCGGCGGGUGGCAUUUCACGCACUUUGGGGAACAGCCCCCGCGUCUGACGUUCUGGGAGUUUUAUUUCAACGCGGGGUAUUGGAAGGAGAUGUGUUGUGGGAAGAGGAAUAAGAAGCGGGAGAUGGAUGAUCAAGCGAGGAGGGAGGGGAAGGGGAAGGUCAAGGUGGAGCCCCCACCGUUGCCGAGGUGGGUGGCGGAGAAGCAGGCCAGUGAGGAUGGGAGGGCGAGAUUGAAUGAUCCCAAGCGGUCUUUGAAGGGGAUUUCGUUUGGGUAUCCAUUCAUUCCCCGACCUGUUCCCGUGAAGGAGGAGGAUAUGACGGUUUGGAAUAGGGUGUGGACGAGGGUGUUGGAGGUGUUGGACAAACCGAAUAGGAUUUUUGAUCAGUUGUAUGGAGUCAAGUUGAGGGAGGUCCGCGGGAGGCCAGAGUCGAGGAGGAGGUGCUUUGAUCCGUGGAUUCAAAGGUGUCGGUAUGCCCUUUGUUAUGCCAUGUUCUUCCUUGCGAUUGGACUAUGCGUUGCCUCUGCUUAUUUGAUUGUGUACAAUACUCGUCAACUCCGUUAG